CAAAUGUUUCUCCCAAUAAGCGCUACCAGGACAUAAGGGGUAUGAAAGUUAUAUUUAUACAGUUUUAAAUAGAUUUUUUAAACCAAUGAUCACGAACUUAGCUAAAAAUAUACACAAUGUAACCUAUUUUAGUGGAGUGAAUUUAUCACAGCUAUUCGAAGGGCAAAUGGUUGUAACGUUCAUUGGACCUUGAUCAGUUUCACAUUUCAAAUUUUGUGUUGUUUUGUGGGGGCUUCCCUUUCGCUGGCAAAAUGUCUGGCCACGGCAUUAUGAAAGCUUUUCCCAAAGUAAAAAGAGCAAGGGCACGUGAGGAAAAGGAUGCCCCUCAAACAAAGCGGACAUCUAAUGAAACUCUACCAGUUGUAGGGACCACUUUCCAAGGUGUCACCGUUCACAUACUACCGGCUGGUGUCGGAAAUGCCAGAUGUCAGAUCUUCCAGAGACAGAUUGUCCUGAAUGGAGGAAGGACUGAGAGCUCCUUCUGUCCCAGUGUCACCCACGUUGUAGUGGAUGACUGUAUGGACAGUGACAGGGCUCUCAGGCUGCUGAAAGUGGACACACUCCCCCCUGGAGUUCAUCUGGUGAAGUGCACCUGGCUCAGUAACUGCAUUACUGAGAAAAGGUUGCUGGAAACCGAUAACUAUAGCCUGCUAAACCAAGAAGCAGAAACAACAAAGGAGGAUGUCAAAGAAGACUUUCUCAACAGUAUCCCACUGAUAGCCACACAGAACAUUAUUCAGCCAAUCCCUGAUGCAACAAAACCAGAUGAGGCAGAGAGCCAACAGGUCUUAGACAAUAAAGACAGCUUCAGAGACGAAUACGGGGUUUCCCAGAGCGACCUGGAGGCUCUGAUCAGUGGCCUGCACCCUAAAGACGAGACCCCUGGUCCUAGUAGCACUGCUUCCCCCCCAACAGACCCCCAGUGGAAACCCCUCCCUGGGAAGUGGGUUUGUGCCCAGUCGUCCAAGUCUAAGGUGGACAACCACAACAAACACAUAACCGACAAGCUGGAGGUGCUGGCUAAGGCCUAUACGCACCAAGGAGACAGGUGGAGGGCGCUGGGCUACUCGAAAGCCAUCAAUGCCCUCAAGAGCUACCACAAGCCGGUAACGUCUUACGAGGAGGCUUGUAAGAUCCAGGGGAUUGGGAAGAAGAUGGCCGACAAAGUCGUGGAGAUCAUGGAGAGCGGGCACCUCCGUAAGAUAGACCACUUGGGGGAGGCGGUGCAGGUCCUGGAGAUGUUCACCAACAUCUGGGGGGCUGGGGCUAAGACUGCCCAGCUGUGGUACACUCAGGGGUUCCGCACUUUGGAUGACAUCCGCACCAAGGCCAAACUGAACCCCAAUCAGAUAAUUGGCCUCAAAUACUAUGAUGACUUUUUGGACCGGAUGCCCAGAGAAGAGGCGGCAGCCAUUGAGCAAAUGGUCAGGGAGGCAGCUCAGUGUCUGGACUCGGGCCUCUUGGCGAUGGCCUGUGGCUCGUACCGCCGCGGGAAGGCCACAUGCGGAGAUGUCGACGUCCUCAUCUCUCAACCUGACGGGAAGUCCCACCAGGGUGUCUUCACCAAACUGUUGCAGAGCCUCCGUCAGACAGGUUUUCUGACUGAUGACCUGGUAAGUCACGAGGAGAACGGCGAUCAGAAGAAAUAUAUGGGUGUGUGUCUUCUGCCAGGACCCGGUCGGCGCCACCGCCGUCUCGAUAUCAUCGUGGUGCCCUACAGCGAGUUCGCCUGCGCCCUUAUCUACUUUACCGGCUCGGCACACUUCAACCGCUCUCUGAGGGCGUUGGCCAAAACCAAACGAAUGAGCCUGUCGGAGCACUCGUUGAACAGAGAUGUGCUGAGACAAGGAAGUCUGAAGCUGUAUGGGGGAACUCCACUACCCACAAACACUGAGAAGGAUGUCUUCACCCAUCUGGAAAUACCUUUCAGGGAACCGCAGGAAAGAGACUGGUGAGGUUGUGGUUGACGCUGUGGUUGAGUCAAUUUAUGAGAUGUAUUUGACAAGUAUUUGAUACACUGACGAUUUUGCAGGUUUUCCUACUUACAAAGCAUGUAGAGGUCUGUAAUUAUUA